AUGGUCGUGCUUUCGGUGCCCGCCGAAGUCACUGUGAUCCUGUUAGAUAUCGAAGGUACCACAACCCCGAUUGCUUUCGUGAAGGACAUUUUAUUUCCUUACGUCAAAGAAAAUGUUAAAGAGUAUCUGCAGACACAUUGGGGAGAAGAGGAGUGCCAAGAGGAUGUCAGUCUUUUGAGGAAACAGGCUGAAGAGGACUCCCACCUGGAUGGGGCUGUUCCGAUCCCGGCAGCCUCUGGUAAUGGGGCGGACGACCCGCAGUGGAUGAUCCAGGCCGUGGUGGAUAACGUGUACUGGCAGAUGUCGCUGGACCGGAAGACCACGGCGCUGAAGCAGCUGCAGGGCCACAUGUGGAGGGCGGCGUUCAAGGCUGGGCACAUGAAAGCGGAGUUCUUUGAAGACGUGGUUCCGGCUGUCAGGAAGUGGCGAGAGGCUGGAAUGAAGGUGUAUGUCUAUUCUUCAGGGAGCGUGGAAGCACAGAAACUAUUAUUUGGGCAUUCUACAGAGGGAGAUAUUCUUGAGCUUGUGGAUGGUCACUUUGAUACCAAGAUUGGACACAAAGUGGAGAGUGAGAGUUACCGCAAGAUCGCCAGCAGCAUCGGCUGUUCAACCAACAACAUCUUGUUUCUGACGGAUGUUUCCCGAGAGGCCAGCGCUGCUGAGGAGGCGGGCGUGCAUGUGGCCGUAGUGGUAAGACCGGGCAACGCAGGGUUAACUGAUGAUGAGAAGACCCACUUCAGCCUCAUCACAUCCUUCAGCGAACUGUACCUGCCUUCCUCAGCCUAG